AUCUACAAGUUAAGACAAGUAUAUCAAUCAGUCACUUGACUGCCUAAGGGAAUUUAGUUCUAAAAUGGCUUCUUCUAAGGCAAUUGCAACCAUUGCUCUUCUUCUCUCCCUUAACCUUGUAUUUUUCACUACAGUGAGUUCAAAUCAUCAUGUUCCUAAUUGUCCACCACCACCAAAAACCCCAAAACACCCUCCUCCCUCAACCUCAAUCCCUCCAGCUAAAGCCUCUUGCCCUAAGGACACCCUUAAGCUAGGGGUAUGUGGUGAUUUGUUGAAUGGUUUGGUGCACCUUGUCAUGGGGACCCCACCAAAGACUCCUUGUUGUAGCCUUAUUGGGGGUCUUGCUGAUGUUGAAGCUGCUGUAUGCCUCUGCACUGCCAUUAAAGCCAACGUUUUGGGCAUCAAUCUUAAUGUGCCAGUCUCCUUAAGCUUGCUUUUGAAUUACUGUGGUAAGUCUGUCCCAACAGGCUUCCAAUGCACCUAGGGCUGCCAUGACCUUCUCAUCCGCUACUGCCCUUUCCACAUCUUUGUGAAUAAAAAAAGGCCAUUAAUCUUUGGCUGAAAUACAUCAUGCAUGUUUCCUUCCAAAUGUAAUUGAUAUGUAGUGUGUUCCCUACAUUCCAUUCAGGCUAUGAGCAUUGGUGGUUUUUAUUAUUGAUAUUGGACAAUUAAAAU